GGCGGGGCGGGGCCGCGGCUCGGGGUGGAGUUAGCGGGCGGAGGAUGUGAGCUCACGCGCCGGGAUUGCUGGCGGGCAGGCGGCCACAGACUGGGGGCGGCACGGCGUUGGCUUGCAACCCAGCUGCGAGGAGAGGCGCCCCCGGGGACGCACUGAGAGUAUGAGGCUCUGGCCUCCACUGGCCACUCACUUGUGACCCUUCCACCACGGCGGAGCCUUCCAAGCCAACCUCCUGCCGUGUGGUGAUCUACCUGCAGCGGGAGAUGUCAGGGGAUACCUGUCUGUGCCCAGCCUCAGGGGCCAAGCCCAAACUAAGCGGCUUCAAGGGAGGAGGCCUGGGCAACAAAUACGUCCAGCUCAAUGUGGGUGGUUCCCUGUACUACACCACCGUGCGGGCGCUCACCCGGCAUGACACCAUGCUCAAGGCCAUGUUCAGUGGGCGCAUGGAAGUGCUGACCGACAAAGAAGGCUGGAUCCUCAUAGACCGAUGUGGAAAGCACUUUGGCACCAUUUUGAAUUACCUCCGAGAUGACACCAUCAUCCUCCCACAAAACCGGCAAGAAAUCAAGGAAUUGAUGGCUGAAGCGAAAUAUUACCUCAUUCAGGGGCUGGUGAACAUGUGCCAAACUGCCCUGCAGGACAAGAAGGACUCCUACCAGCCCGUGUGCAACAUCCCCAUCAUCACAUCCCUGAAGGAGGAGGAGAGGCUCAUUGAAGCCUCCACCAAGCCCGUGGUGAAGCUGCUGUACAAUAGAAGCAACAACAAGUACUCCUACACCAGCAACUCUGACGACCACCUGCUGAAAAACAUCGAGCUGUUUGACAAGCUCUCCCUGCGCUUCAACGGCCGCGUGCUCUUCAUCAAGGACGUCAUUGGCGAUGAGAUCUGCUGCUGGUCCUUCUACGGCCAGGGCCGUAAGCUGGCAGAGGUGUGCUGCACCUCCAUUGUGUACGCCACGGAAAAGAAGCAGACCAAGGUGGAAUUCCCAGAGGCCCGAAUCUAUGAGGAGACACUCAACGUCCUACUAUACGAGACCCCCAGAGUCCCUGACAACUCCUUGUUGGAGGCCACAAGCCGUAGCCGCAGCCAGGCUUCCCCCAGUGAAGACGAGGAGACCUUUGAACUGCGGGACCGUGUCCGCCGCAUCCAUGUCAAGCGCUAUAGCACUUACGAUGACCGGCAGCUUGGCCACCAGUCUGCGCAUCGUGACUGACGAGACCCUCAGGGAUUCAGGGCGUGGGACACCCUGUCUCCCCUCCUGUGGAACCCCGCCCCAUUGGCCAGCCCACGCUGCUGCUGUCUGGGUCUCUGCUCCAGCACCCAGAGGCAUGACAGGCCCUGCCUGGGAGGUCCGAGGGCCUGAGCAGGGGAGGGGCCCCUCCCCUUGUCCCGCUCGCUCUCUGAGCACUUCAGGCUGACUGAGUCCUGGCCCCCUUGCUCAGUGUCUCCCUCCCUGCCUGACAGGGAGCCACUUCUGCCCCUAGGGUGAAUGGACUGACCUGCCCACCUCCUGCUGAGAACAUUCUCCUUGGCCCUUUGCUGAGUGCCCCUUUCCUAUACUGAAGGGCUACUGUUAGGCCUCAGCUGAGGCCCAUGGGGAAUGGAUUCGUUCUGUGGGGAGGGUGGCUUCUGGUGCUGAGGAGGCCCAGUUUCUUACAGAAGGUGGGGCUCCUUUUUUCCUAAGGUGUUCAAGCACAGGCUUGAUGAGUUCGGUGUUUUAAAAAUAGUCUAGGAAAUGAAUAGUUCUAAGUCUAAUAAUGAGGGAACUGAGUGUUUCUGCUACUCCUUCAGGGUGCCAAGACCCUGGGUAAAGCAGAACCCUUGGCCCUUCUCCAUGCCUUUGGGAUCUGUUUCUUUAAAGCACUUUGUACUUUUAUUCAGGAGAUUUUUACUCUGCCCUGACCCAUGUCAUCUUUUUCUGACCCUAAUUGCCUCUUCCCUGCAGAAUCAAUCUGAGGGAGUGGAUAGAAGCAGCAAUAAAAGAAAAACUGAUCAGCUUUGGCUUUGCCAGCCUGGCCAAGCAGCCAGCCCAGAGAGCGCUGAGGAGGCAAGGAUGUGUGAGUUGGGACCUGUGGUCCUAAUAACGCCCCUGUGAGAAAGGACAUUUUACCCCAACAUCUUGCAGUCACAUAACUGAUUCCUAGGGUCUAUCACGAUUCUAUUUUUGAUUCUCUUGCCCUCAGCUCCAAGGCAUGCUGUCCUUACAUUAAAGCCAAAGAGCCAUCACAGGGGCUAGGAGCAUGAGCCGCAGUGGGAAGGCUGUGAAGCCCAUGGGCACUGCACUUUCAUGGCCGUUAGCCGAGGACAGUGAGCGCAGAGCUCUGCAUUCCUGGCAGCCCUGCAUAGAGGUGGCACGUGCUUGGCAAUACAUUCCUACUCCCCCAAUCCAUCCUAUCGGUUUUGUAUCCUGGCUGGGGAUGGUGGUUCUGGCCAGUGCUGAGUCUCUGAACACAGGAUGAUGUGAGCAGCCUAAGCCCCUUGAAAGGUUUCACUUCUUUCUUGUUGGGUAACUUGGCCAUGGAGAUACCAAGCACCAGCUCCUGGGUAAGGGUGCACAUUCCUCUUCAGGGCUUUGGUUUUCAUUACCUUUUGUUUGGCUUGGCCUUUGGGAAGCUGCUUAUCUGAAUUCUUUCCCAAAGGAAUGCCAAUAGGGCGGGAGCUGUUCAGCCAGCCAAACAAAGCAACAUAGCCACACAGCAGUACACACUCAUUCGGGAAGGGACAUAGGUUAUCGAGUUCAUCUCUUGACUACUCUUACUCUAUAGCUAAGUGGCUGCUCACAGCUGACCCCAUAGAGCCUAUGGGCAAAUGCCAGGCCAGGGUUAGUAGACACUCACAAGGAUCUGAAAUGACAUGAUGGGGCAAGAGAAGUGUGACUCUAAUAGGCAUUUUAUACUUGUCGCAGUCUUGAACAUAUAAAGGCUUUCAGGGUGAGGCGCCUUGGUGAUCAGCUACAACAGUGCUUUCAGCCCUCACUGGAGUAACAAGAUGAAGACAAAUCUCUUUCUUUGGCCAGAUUCCGGCUUGGGGUUUGUGGCUUCCCCACAGAGACUGGAAUGCUUCUGCCUGAGGCCACUGGCAGGUUUCCUCAGCUGCUCUCCUGAAGCCCUUUAAUAUUCAAAAGUCCCAGCUCCCCAGUGAGGUGUUUUAAUGUGUGUCCUUUGACCUCCCCAACCCCUGUAGCCUCUUUUUACCGCUUUGACAUUUGGAUCCUCAGCUAUCUCAGUGGUGACUAGUCUUCCUGAGAAAGCACGAUAGUCUGGGACUCUGGGCACUUAGCUCUUCUGAGUGAAAAUAUCUCCUUGGUCUUAAGAAAAAUACUAACAUUGAACUCAUUGAAGUAAUCUUAAUCUUAGGUUCUUUGAUCAGACUUUGUGGCGUAAGAGUUUGAGGAAUUUUCUUUGAGUUUCCCAGCCCCAUUCAGAAAGCAGCUCUUGGAGGUGUGAAUUUUUCAACUCCAAGCAGCCCAGGGGAAAGUAAACAAAAAGUGUGGAUGAAGGUCAAACCUUGUCAGUUUCUGAGAAAACUGCUCUUAACCACAAGUACCGUAUUGGGUUUUAUUCAAUUUGUUAUCUGACCAAGAUCUGCCUGAAGGAUGGCACAGGUCCUGACAUGAGGGAACUUUUCCUUUAUCAUGUAACUGCAGUUCUUUGUUGCUCAGCAUAGGUGAUGGAGACAAACACUAAUUCCUAAUAAAAUUGUGUUACACUGCA